AUGUCUAAUGAGCAGCCCAUGGAAAAAGAGAACGCAACACUGCUGACAGAGUUUGUUCUCACAGGACUCACAGAUCAUCCAGGGCUGCAGGUGCCCCUGUUCUUGCUAUUCUUGAUGAUCUAUCUCAUCACAAUUGUGGGGAAUCUAGGUCUAAUUGCUCUCAUCUGGACGAACCCUCACCUGCAUAUCCCUAUGUACUUUUUCCUUGGGAGUUUGGCUUUUGUAGAUUCCUGGAUAUCAUCCACAGUGACUCCUAAUAUGCUGGUCAACUUGUUAUCCAAGAGCAAAAUGAUAUCACUUUCUGAGUGCAUGAUACAAUUUUUUGCCUUUGCAUUUGGUGGAACCACAGAGUGUUUUCUCUUAGGGGCAAUGGCAUAUGACCGCUAUGUAGCCAUAUGCAAACCUUUGCUUUAUCCAGUGAUUAUGACCAACAGACUAUGUAUUCGAUUACUAGUUUUAGUAUUUGUAGGUGGCUGUCUUCAUUCCUUGUUUCAUGUGGUAUUUUUAUUCAGAUUAACCUUCUGUAAUUCUAACAUAAUACAUCACUUUUAUUGUGAUAUUAUACCAUUGUAUAAUAUUUCCUGUACUGACCCUACUCUUAAUUUGCUCUUAGUAUUUAUUUUGUCUGGUUCAAUACAAGUAUUUACCAUUAUGACUGUUCUUGUUUCAUAUACACUAGUUCUGUUUACAAUUUUAAAAAGAAAGUCUGUCCAAGGCAUAAGGAAAGCCUUCUCUACCUGUGGAGCCCAUCUCUUGUCUGUGUCUUUGUACUAUGGGCCUCUUCUCUUCAUGUAUGUGCUCCCUGCAUCGCAACAAUCAGAUGACCGAGGUAUGAUGGACUCUCUGUUUUACACAGUCAUAAUUCCUGUGUUAAACCCAGUCAUCUACAGUCUGAGAAAUAAGCAAGUCACAGAUUCAUUGAAAAAAAUCUUAAAGAUAAAUGUUUAAAUGUCUUUUCCAUUCUAAAACUGUCAA